AUGCAUUUCUCACAAAAAAACACUGCAGCUACCAAGAAAUCUUCAGAAAUAAUAAUAUUCACUUUGGCCGUCUUUUUCAUCAUCUUUUUUUCUCAUGUUGAACAAGUUUCAGCCCACGGUCGUAUGAUUCAACCACCAAUUAGAAUCAAGGCAGGUGACGAAAAUCAAGGGUUCACAAUAACCAACGGUCCAACAAAAGAAGAACCAUGCGCGGGUAAUCUAGCUGGACCCGUAAAAUCCAAAUUUAAAUCUGGCGAAACCAUUCCAAUACAAUGGAAAAUCACUGCAGCUCAUCGUGGCACAUGCACUGUCCAACUUUCCGUAACCGGGCAAGAUACCGAUUUCAAGGAUUUAAAGAAGUUUGAUAAUUGUGCUGAUGCAACUGGUGAUUUCUCUGACACAGUUGCCUUACCAAAAGGUGUAUCGUGUGACAAGUGUACAUUGCGUUGGAAAUGGGAUGCUGGGCUUACCAAGGAAUUGUACUUGAAUUGCGGUGAUAUUAGUAUUGGUAAAGGUAGUAGUAAUAAAGUGAAACGUAAUGACGUACCUAAAAUUCACAAUAAAAAAAGAGUUGUUAAAAGUUCAGCUUCAAGAAGAUUGGCUAAAAGAAAAUUUUAA